AUAAUGAAGAAAGUUCAUGGGAAGAUAAUAUUCAUAAUGUGGAAAGUGAUGACGAAAUUAUAUCAACUUAUAUAGGGAAUUCUGAAAGAACUAAACGCAGACGCUAUAGACGCUAUGCUCAAGCAAAAAAGAACGCUGAAAAAAAUGAAUCUGAAUUUGAAAAUGAUCAAGAUUUAAUUCAUAAUUCCCAACAAGUAAUUAAUUCUCUUGAAGUUCAGCUAAAAGAAAAGAAUUUACAUAAAUUAAUAUUAACUGCUAUAUUGCACGAAACUACUGCAAGAAAUUGGCCAAAGGGAGAUUAUGUGAAUUGUCAUGAACAUGAAGAUGUAGUAGAAUAUCGAAAAACAUUUUUAAAAAAUAUGAAAGUUUAUCAAACAUUAAUGCUAAUUUUUGAGGGUGACAAAAUGGAAACUCAAAUUAAUCCUGAUUUGCAAUACGACGAACAACUUCACAUUUUGGUUAUCCAUGACAAAACCACAUUUCAUUCUAAUGAUGGAAAAAGUUCUGGAUGGGCUCCCGAUCAUGAACAGCCUUUGCAAAAAAAAAGCAAGGAUAUGCUAUUAAUGUUAGUGAUUUUAAUUUGUGAAACUAUUGGUCAGUUACAGCUAAAUAAGAAACAAAGACUUUCUGAAAUUGAAGAUAAAAUUCCACAUGAAACUCGAGUUAUGAUGAAUUCUGAAAAGAAUUAUGAUAGUUGGUGA